AUGGAACAAAUGCUUACAGUCCUAACUGAGGUAGUAAUGCAACAACAGAGACAACACCCUCUACCUCCUCCACCUCCGCCGGCACCAGUGGAACCGGGCAAUAGUGACAUAAUCAAUCUGACUCAAAAGUUUAUGAAGAUGAAACCGCCAACCUUCCUUGGCGAAAUUGAACCGUUAAAGGCUGAAACAUGGUUGUUGGAAAUGGAGAAAUUGUUUGAGGUAUUUCCCUGUUCUGAAACUCAGAAAGUCCUUCUGGCCACCUACACGCUGCAGGAUGAAGCUCGAAGGUGGUGGUUAUUGGUUCAAAACAAUGACGAAAAUAUAACAUUGGCUCAAUUUAAUACAAUUUUCUAUGAUAAGUACUUUCCCCAGUGCUUUCGGGACCGAAAGGUUUUAGAAUUUCAAGAACUCAAACAAGGCAGGAUGUCCGUAGCGGAGUACGAGGCUAAAUUUACUGAGCUAGCCAGAUUUGCUCCUCACAUGGUCGACACGGACUAUAAGAAAGCCCGCAAAUUUAAGGGCGGACUAGAUUUAGAUAUAUUGGAUCGGGUGGGAGUUAUUAACCUACCCACGCAUGUGAAUGUAUUGGAUAGGGCACUAAUGGCAGAAGUCAUUUUGGCAACAAAGAAACAAACUUUUGUUCCACGAACUGAUUGGGUGGGGAAAAGGUCCGGAAACAGUUUCAAAAUGGGCCGUUCAUUUACUGGGAAUAAGAAACAAAAUACGGGAUCGUCUAACAGCUCAAGUCAAAGUGGUGGAUCAACGCCUAAUUAUGCUCAGUAUCGGAGGAGACACAAAGGGGUUUGCCAUCGAGUAUCUGGUGCAUGUUUCUGGUGUGGCAAAACGGGUCACAUGAUAAAGGAUUGUCCAAUCGGGUCCGAAAGUGUCAACCGUCCUGUAGCAAGUUCGGCAGGAUCUGCUUCUAGAUCAAAAGCAAAUGUUAAGGCUAAUACUGGGAAAGAAUCUCUGAAGUAA